AUGGCAGAGGAAGAAGAAGGCAUUGUAGGAACUGAACCAGUAGCCCCUCCACCACCGACGCUUGCUCAAAAGGCUGUUAAGAAAUUCACUACUUAUGAUGGUCUUUUUGGAAAAUACGACUAUGCAUUCCUGUGCAUGCCACGCAUCCCAUUCAUGAAGCCACGGACCAUGAGAGGUGACGUGCCACGAUUCUAUGGAUUGCACGAUGAAGUACCUCUUUUCAUCGCCAUCAUGCUGGGCUUCCAACACGCUCUGGCCAUGAUGGCCGGUGUCGUCACUGUACCAAUCAUCCUCACCGCACAAGCUGGAGCCACGGGUCUCAAUUUUGACGAUUCAGCUCGUCAACAUCAAAUCUCAGUCGCUCUGAUCGCAUCCGGCCUCCUCUCAGCAAUCCAGAUAACACGAUUCCAUUUGUUUGGCAAAUACUACCUUGGAACUGGGUUACUCUCUGUCGUCGGAACUUCAUUCACCGUUGUUGGAAUCAGUCAAUCUGUAAUCUCACAGCUCUACUCGAAUGGAUUCUGCCCAACCACCGUGACUGGUGGCGUAACUACUUAUCUCGCAUGCCCAGACGCCUACGGAGCUAUUCUAGGGACCACAGCACUUUGUAGUAUCAUUGAAAUCUGUUUGUCCUUCACGCCACCAAGAAUACUACAAAAGUUGUUCCCACCAUUGGUUACUGGUAUCGCUAUUUUACUUAUUGGUGCGGAUCUUACUUCUGCUGGUCUACAGGCCUGGGCAGGUGGUGCAGGGCCUUGCAUUUCUAGACCUGCUACUGGAUUCUUCUCUGCAUGUCCCAACAUUCUUGCCCCGAAACCAUACGCUUGGGGAGACGCAAGAUUCAUUGGUUUAGGAUUCUCCGUAUUCGCAUCGAUCUACCUAGUCGAGAUAUUUGGAUCGCCUUUUAUGAGAAAUAUCCAGGUUGUUUUGGGUCUACUUGUGGGAUGUGUAAUCAGUGCUGCUGCAGGUUAUUGGGAUACCUCUGCUAUUACAAAUGCACCUGCACUGGACUUCAUUUGGACGCAUACGUACAAAUUGAGCAUCUAUGGGCCUGCAGUUAUCCCUUAUUGCUUCUGUUAUCUCAUCUUGGCUGUUGAAUCCAUUGGUGAUGUCACUGCAUCCGCUGAUGUUACUGGUGUAGCUGUUGUCGGUGAAGAAUACGAGUCUCGUAUUCAGGGAGGUAUCCUCGCCGAUGGUCUCAAUGGAUUGAUUGCUUCCCUUAUGACCAACACCCCUAUGUCAACAUUUGCUCAAAACAACGGCGUUAUCGCCUUGACUCGAUGUGGUAACACCUCGGUUGGAUAUUGCUGUUGUCUUUGGUUGAUUAUAUUCGGAGUGUUUGGAAAAUUCGCCGCCAUAUUCCUCGCUAUACCGGAUGCAGUACUAGGUGGAAUGACAACCUUCUUGUUUGCAUCUGUUGCUGCUUCCGGUAUCCGUAUCCUGGCGUUCUUGAAGUGGACCAGGCGUGAUCGAGUCAUCGUUGCAGGUGCUCUAUCUAUCGGAGUCGGCGUGUAUCUUGUACCUACAUGGUUCAGCUACUUCUUUACCUACGCUGGAGAUAACCAAGCUCUCGCCGGAUUCCUCGCCUCCAUUGUGAUCAUCGUCGAGAACGGUUUCGUGAUUGCUUCACUCAUUGCCCUUGUGUUAAACCAACUUUUGCCCUCAGAUGCCGAAAUUUACGGUGAUGAGGAAGCCGCUCCAUUGGUCGUCGACGAAAAGAUGGCUCAUUAA